AUGGCCGAAGAACCGCAGCCUUCAAACGUCCAGGAAGGAGCCGACGCGCCUGACGUUCUCCCAGCAAGCAAAGAAGAUCGCAAAGCCGCCCAAGCCCUGUCCUCGCUCGACGCCAAGGUCAACGACGAUGCUGUAGCAAAGAAAGAGGUGGACUUGAAAGCGCUGGGCGACGCACUGAAGAAUUUGGAUGCACAGAACACGCAGAAAUCGCCUGCCGCCGUCAAGAAGGAGGAGGCGCCGAAGAAGCCUUUGACAAAGGUUGCUGCAGAAGAUGUAGCACUGCUGGUUGAGCAUCUUGAUCUCUCCAAAGCAAAAGCCACCGACUUAUUAAGAGCGCACGAUGCAGACGCCAUCAAGGCUAUGAACGCCUGGGUGACAUCUUCUGCAUAAUCACGCCAAAGGACUGAAGUAUGCAGAGAUCCAGUACAAAUACGGCGAAAAGCAGCUGUCAUGCCUGGGCCCUCGCCAGACGCUGCGAAAUAUGGACAAGAGACAAGCAAUUUUGAAUUUAAGCAGACUGCUUACAUUCUACGCUAUCGACAAUGACUGUACUACGAGAUACGAACGACACGCCCGACAAAGUUCACCAAGC